UCAUUCAUUGACGUAAUGUCUCCAUUUAUACCCCACACACCCACAUUUAUACAACCACUCAUUUCUGAAGUUUUUUCACAACUGAAAGUAGAUAUGGAGGAUUUUUUCGAGUCUUUGCCGGAAGGUUUCAUAGCAGAAGCAUUAGCACUCACCAGCCCUCGAGAUGUUUCCCGUUUGUCCUCCGUCAAUUCCGUUUUCCGGUCGGCGGCACAGUGGGAUAGCGUUUGGGAGAGUUUCACACCGCCGGAGUACCUGACGGAGACGGCGGACGGUGGUGCAGUCGGAUCGAAGAAGGAGGUGUAUCUACGUCUCUGUGAUCAUCCAAUCAUUAUAGAGGAAGGAAGCAAGAGUUUCUGGUUGGAUAAAAGCAGCGGGAAGAAAUGUUACAUGUUAGCCGCGAGACAACUGUCAAUUGCAUCUUCCGAUUCUCCAAAUUGUUGGAUAUGGACACAAACACCAGAAUCAAGAUUCAAAGAGGUAGCAGAACUUAUCAGUGUGAGUUUACUUGAAAUCAUCGGCAAAAUCAAUACUUCAAUCUUCUCCCCUGAUACAACAUACGUUGCUCUUCUUGUGUUCAAAACAACAUCGAAAGCUUAUGGGUUUGAGUACCAACCGGUGGAGGUGUGUAUUGGUUUUCACGGCGACCGGAGUCAAACCCGGUUGGUGUAUCUCGACCCUGAAGCAGGGCGGAGGCGAGGACUCCGAUCAAGGAGGCGGAUUGGGAUAUUUAGCAAAGGGGCAUUCGCGAAUUGGGAUGUUGUGCCUCCCCCUUCUAAAGAGAAUGGUCCGAAACAAAGAGACGAUGGGUGGUUUGAGAUUGAGAUCGGAGAAUACUUUAAUGGCGGUGGUGAUGCGGCGGAACUGGAGCUGCGUGUGGCGGAGGUGAACGGAGGGAAUUGGAAGACUGGGCUUGUUAUUCAAGGUAUCGAGUUUAGGCCUAAAAAGUCGUAAGUAAGAAUUAAGAAAGUAGUUGUUGUGUUGGAAAUUGGAAAUCAGUUAGUAUGGUUUAUAGGAAAACAGCUGAUUUUUUUUAUUUUUUUUAUUUUUUUUUUUAGCGAUAUGAUAUGGCUUUAAUUUAGAAAUUGUAAUGUAUUGAAUAUUGUUUGGGAUUUUUCUGAAUAUAAAAGUUCUAAAAUAUUUCUAGAA